AUGGGUGCAGUUGUGGCUGAACUCGCAGGCGGCGCAGCAGCUACAGGAGGCUAUGGAACUGCGGGAGCACUUGAAGCCCCUGCUGCGGAGUGCAGAGCAGGAUGCGCCUUGCAACCUGUACCUGGCGGCCGCCACCCUGAUUCUGUUGGCGGUCCUGCAGCCCCUGGCGAUAGGUCUGGCGCUAUGCGCCGCGCGUCGGCGAGCCAACGCAGUCGCCUACUCUACCGCAAUCGCUAA